AUGACGCCAUGGCAUCGGAAGCGCAAAAGCAGAGGGCCAUCGCCCAGAAGGCGGCUGCUGCGGUUGCGGCGCAGCGUGGGCGCGCUCGCCCGCCGGCAGGGGACAAACGUUGUCAAGCCCCAUUUCGAGCAGCCGCCCGCGGCAAAGCCCUCUUCUCCCAUGCGCCGGCAAAACCUUCCCUCCAGUACCGAACGCGCCAAGAAGGCACUUUCGGCGGGAUUUUCUUGA